ACACCCCUCUCAGCACUGAGGCACCACACUGUGUCCUGGAAGCUGCUUGUGACUAACACAAAGACUCUCGAUAAACACACACACACACACACACUCUCACUCGCUAGCGCUUACACACACACACACAAUGGAUGUCAAAGUUGUGGUGAUGAUGCUUUUCCUCAUCGUGACUAUGAAGGACUCGGAGACUGAAGCGAAGCCCAUCAGCCUGUUGGAGAGGUGCUGGUGCCGCUCGACGCUCAACACCGUCCCACAGAGGAGCAUCCGCGAGAUCAAGUUCCUCCACACACCCCACUGCCCCUUCCAAGUCAUAGCCAAGCUGAAGAACAAUAGAGAGGUCUGCAUCAACCCCAAGACCAAAUGGCUGCAGCAGUAUCUAAAGAACGCCAUUAGCAAGAUAAAGAAGUCAAAACAGCGUGAAAACUAAAGGCGGCGGGGGUGUGAGGAGAGCCAGCGUGUGUCUCUGACCUCUGUAUUACGUGUGCACCUCACACACACACACACACACACACACACACACACAUGCACACGCACCAUCUGUCCCUGUGUGGACUGCUUGCACAAACAGCACUUCGCCUACGAACGCCUUUAUUCCUGCACCCGAAGCCAACCACACACACACACACACACACACACACACACACACAGCACCAUUUUACCAUUGUGAGAUUUCGGGCUUGUACAGGCGUGUACGCUGAACUGAACUGAGUGGCUGAAUGUGGACAAAAAAAUGUUUUUGUGCUUUCUAUAUGCAUUCGCUUUGUGCCUUUUUUAAAAAUAAUAAGUUGCUGAUCAGUGUUGUGGUGAAUUAAGAAGGAAAGAGAGAGAGCGCGAGAAAGAGAGAGAGAGAGAGAGAGAGAGAGAGAGAGAGAGAGAGACAGAGAGCGCGUGUGAGAGAGAGAAAGAGAGAGAGGAAAGAGUAGCAGUCAUGCAUAAAACUCUAAAAAUGAAAGGAACAGUUUGAUAAAAAAAAUUAAAUGUCGAAAGUUUUCUUCAGGAGCUAUGACUCUAAUGUAGCUAACAUAUAAGAGUCGUAUAGCUACCAGCUUAGCAUCAUGUUUAGAUCAUCAUUGUCAUUCAGCAUCCAGACUUCUGGUACCUGACGCUAUAGGACACCCGCGUCCUCUAUAAAAGUGGAUAAAGUGUUAAAAAAUGUCACACAAGACCGCCAUCGGGCUCUGACAGGAGGCGUGACUUAUAGCUUGAAGGUGUAGCUGUGUGUUAGAAGUGAUUCAGCUAAACUGAUAGCUAUGUGUUAGCUACACUAGCCUCGUAGCUUUAACUAAAUACACAAAAUCUGCUCGCCCAAGAGCACUGAUACGGGAUUAGGAAGUUUUGUUUGGAGAUGUUUCACUACGACACUUUCAGUGACUUCAGUAAGAUUCUUCUUUUCUUUCGAUGUUGCCUCAUUAAGAAUCACAUGAUGGUCUUCCAUGCACUGGCAUAGCUAGUUUAUUUUUGCUUACACUUUCUACAAGGCCGUAUUUACAUUUAUAAAUCAUUAGAACUUUUUAGGAUUUUUCGUGAACUCUAAUAAAGCCUCAUGCUUUCAAACUCGGAUAAGUAAGGGAUAAAACAUUUGGAGAGUGCUAUUAUAGGUGCUGACACUGGAGACUCCUUCCGUAAACGUUAAAUAAACAGCUUUCCUCACAGAAGACUUCACUAUAUCAACAAGUACGUGAGUUUUUCCCACAAAACAAGCCAUUAUGUAAUUGUUAUUAUAGAAUGGUAACAUUUUAGAUUAAUAUAAUCGUUCUGACCAAUCAGAAUCAAAUGAAUUACGUUAAAGGAGGCUUUAUUCAGUCGUAAACAUGCUUACAAUGCAUUAUUAUUACAUCAUCAUAAGCUUUAUAGAAAGUGUUAGCAUGUAUUAUUUGCUUAAAAAAAUGACAUAACUUCAUGUUAUCAGGAAUUUUUUCUUUUUUUUUAAUAAUGCAACUUUCACAACAAUGCAAUCUCUCUUGGCAGCUGCUAAUUUUUUUUUUUUUUUCCAUUUUUAAAAAACCUGUGCUUAUGAAAUAUUAUAUAGCGCAUCUCCUUACAGCCAGAUGUUUUAUUCUGUUGUGUUUGCACGUCUGAUCAUGAUGUAGGCUUGUUGUUUGUUGUUAAAGUGAAGGUUGGAUCAGUAAAAGGAGACGAAUUUAAAUUCAUUGUGGAAAUAGUAUAAUUAAUUAUGAGUGGAAUAGGUUUGAAAUUUAAAACAAAACAAAACAACAAAAUUAUUCCAUAUGUGAAUAACUGAUUUUUCUUUUAUUGAUUCAACUUUUCACUUGAUUGUGUAUUGUAUUACAAAUGCAUCAUAAUUAUGGACCAAAUGUCACCCAUACAUCAGAUUCUCAACCUUUAGAACUGUAAAUAGUCAGAGAAUCGGGUGAUAUUUUAGCGUUUGGCCUCAUAUUUCCUUAAGAUAUUUCCAUAAUUAUGAACAUAUUUAGUGCCAUUUAGUUAUUAACGAACGUUAUCUCACUUUAAACAUGGUUUAUUUUCAUAUGAGUGAACCUAUGAGGGGAGUGUUAUUAUAUGAAAUCAUACGACUCAUAAGGGAUCCGGAAAAAAAAAACAACAUCUAAUCACACAUUUCCAGCGUAAGAGCCAUUAUCCCGCCGGAUGACGAGCAACUCCUAAACCCCUGCUUAUUAACUGUGUAAUCGUAAUGGGAUAACAAUAACAUGUGGAUAUGAUUUCCAAGGGAAUGAAACAUGUGCUUUUUAUCAGGCCAAUACAAUAAGCACUUCACUGCUGUACAUGAAUUUUUUUUUUUUUUUUUCACUUUUCUAUAAUUUAAAGAAAAAAAAAAAAAAAAAAAAAAAAAAGG